CCAUGUCACACCUCUUUACUUUACCUCUUUGCUUUUACUGGCAGUUUGCCUAACUUCGUGCAUAAAGAGGACUAAAACAUGGGUAAACGGCACUAAAAUCCAAACCUGGUCUUCGUAUUCAUCGAAUAUGUCUUGCUCGCUCGAUUUUAUAUGGUAUGUAUUUAAAUCUCUUUCAUAACCUUACGGAAUUAGUUUGCUUUUAUGUUGGAUAAGUCAUACAAAAUACUUUAUUGAAUAAUGACUUGGUUUUGGAACUAUUAGAUUUUUAAAGGGAGCUCUCUUGAGGUUAUUUUAAAUGUAAAGCCUGUGUCUGAAAUGAAUUACUCCUCCAAGUGAACUGGACAGAACUAAACCAUGGAGAAUGUUACUUCAAUUCCAGAUAACCAGACGCUUGGUCAAUGGACUGAUUAUAGCAUGGAAUACAAAGUGGUCAGCAUAUUUUUUGUGAUUCUCAUCUGUGGGAUAGGAAUAGUUGGAAACGUUAUGGUGAUUCUAGUUGUUCUUACAACCAAACACAUGCGGACACCCACCAACUGUUACCUGGUGAGUUUGGCGGUGGCCGACCUGAUGGUUCUGACGGCGGCGGGACUGCCGAAUAUUACACAGAGUUUGUAUGGAGGAGGCUGGGUGUACGGAUACGUCGGGUGCCUUAGCAUCACUUAUUUCCAGUACUUGGGCAUCAACGCGUCCUCAUGCUCUAUCACCGCAUUCACUAUUGAGCGGUACAUAGCCAUCUGCCACCCCAUAAAAGCGCAGUUUAUGUGCACUCUGUCAAGAGCAAAGAAAAUCAUAGUGGUCGUUUGGGCUUUUACCUCGCUCUACUGCGCCAUGUGGUUUUAUCUGUCUGACAUGAACGAGUUGAUUUAUGACAAUAUUACCGUGGUCUCAUGCGAAUACAAAGUGUCAAGAAAUCUUUACCUGCCAUUUAUCUACUUCACGGACUUUGCCAUGUUCUACGUGGUGCCCCUCAUGCUAGCCACGGUUCUGUAUGGAUUUAUCGCUAGAAUUCUUUUCCUCAACCCAUUGCCGGCUGACCCCAAGGAAAACACAAAGUGGAAAAAAGAAUCAUGUCAAGGAAAUAGGAUGACGAGCGCCAACAAUUCAUCCUGUAGCACAACCAUCCGCUCUCGCAGGCAGGUGACUAAGAUGUUAGCUGUGGUGGUGGUGCUCUUUGCCCUCCUCUGGAUGCCCUACCGGACGCUGGUGGUGGUAAACUCCUUCCUGGACAAGCCUUACCUGGACCUCUGGUUCCUACUCUUCUGCCGCAUCUGCAUCUACCUGAACAGCGCCGUCAACCCUGUCAUCUACAACGCCAUGUCUCAGAAGUUUCGCACCUCCUUCAAGAAGUUGUGUCACUGCGGUCCGCAGCGAUUGGAGAAGCCGGCGUCUUACAGCUUGGCCCUGACCUACAGCGCCAUCAAGGACACAACCAAUGGAGAGAGCCCUGACCACUUCACUACCGAGAUGGAUGAGCUGGCCACACCCACACCCAGUGACCAGUUCCUGCCCAGCACCAAGAGGAUAUCAUUCGAGGACACCUCUCUGUCAGGCAGGCUUGCCCUUUGCACUGCCUGACGGAAAAAAGAACUCCAUUCAGGCAACAAUGAUUACCUGAAAGGAUCUUCUUAUCCUUAAGCUCUAGUUUGUGAAUUCAAAAUGGUCUCCAGCAGCAUACUUAAAAUUCUAUUCUAUAACUAAUUUUCGGUCGAGGAAUUUAUUUAAUAUUUGAGCAGUACAACGGCAAACAUUAAAUGCCAAAAAAUGUGUUGUUAACAGAGGAAGUACUACUUCAUUUCUUUAUCUAGCAUGGUGAAAAUAUAUUCUCCCCCCUCUCUGUAGCCAUCUUAGCACAAAGCACCCAAUUAUAGGCAUUGUUUAAAUCUGUCCUAAACAUUGUGUGACACACACAUUUAAUUUGCAAGGUAAUAAUCAUACUGCUUUCACAUACUGAACAACAGUUGUCAUCUCUGUAAAGUGUUUUCCUACAAGGGAAAUAUAACAAGGGAAAUAUGUUAUCCCUCUUUUUAUCUGGAGAGUUGUAGGCCAGGAACUCAGUGUGUGUGUGUGUGUUCGUGUGUGUGUUUUAAAGAUAAGCUCACUCUACAGGAGGAAUCAAACUGUCUGGGCUGUUGUUAAAACCACCCUGCUACCCUCCAUGUUUUAAAACAGCACAGAGAGAAUGUGAUCACUGACCACAUUUCCAAGGCAGAAUUCAAAAGGAGGCAGAGUAUCAAAACCAUCUCUGCUCAAGGGGUGUAAAUAUCCCACAUUGCUUUAAAUUGAAACCUGCCUGUCAGGGAAAUAGAGAUGAGGUGAGAUGAAGUUUAUUUAAAGGUUACAGAUGAUGAAAAGGACUGAUAACAAAGCAAUGACACGCCGGAUCUGUCAUCCGUUUGAUUCCUCAAUACCAUUUGACUUUAUCGUAACCUUAUUGGCUAAAAGGUUCACCCGAUAUGAAACGUUCCGCAGGGGCUAGUGUCAAAAAUGCAGCAUGGUUAAACAUCCUGCUGUACCUGUAAUGGACUACUGUGGUGUGGAUUCAAUCAACAAGUGUUGGAAGGUCCAGACCAGACCAAACAUUAUGUUGACAUCCCCAACAGCAGAUACUGAUGGUAGCAUUUCCCCAUAAUGGAUCCCCCCCCAAGCACAACCCACAGAGCAAAGGCGAGAUGAGAGGAUUCAACACUUUAUAGAUUUGACGGAGGCUGGUGAGUCAUGGUACAGCCAUAAAGCACGGGCACAGUGUCAAAAAAACGGAAUGAGCAUUGAUUUAAUUUAGGAAUAAAUAAGGAAAAAAUAGAAUGUUUGUUGUUGUUUAUUUUAUACUGAUGAAACGCCCUCUCUGUUCCUUUUAGGAUACUGUAAAAAUGCUUGCAAAUGAUUGUGCGUUGCCAUGUGAAAUUGAUGUACAUUUUCGAUGUACGUUUCAGAACUGUUUUCAAUUCAUACCUUUGUACCAUUUGCAUUGUGUCUGCCAGUAGAGCUAUUUUGUAAUAACGUAGUUUGUUUUGUUCAGUUUUAUUGUUUGUUCCCAUCAAUAUACAGUAUUUUACUAUGGAGCAAUCAAUGUGGAGCUACGCUCUACUUCUUUGGUAACACUACAACUACAGUAUGUUUCAAAGAAGGUAUGUGAAAUAAUGAUCUGUCCCUCUUGCACUUUCAUCUACUAUCUCCGUUGCACAGUUUCCACCAUUAGAGGGAGUGGUGCCUGGUAGCGAGUUUGCAGCAUGGACACUGUAAAACAAAUGAUGUUGUGGUGUGAUUUCAAAAAGACAGACAUCUAUGUGCAGUAUACAGUUAUUCUUCAGUCAGCAAUGUUGUGUAUCCUGGUCUCCCUUUGCUGGCAGUUCUCUGCAUUGUAAAAACUACCCUUGUUGUUUGGAUGGUUUGUGUUUUGUAUUUUGUAUUGUCAUUUGUCUACAAUAAAAUGAUCAUUGAUCAUG